AUACCAGAGACAAAGGGAGCGAAGGCGAGGAUGAAAAUCCAAAUAAAUCCAGAUCCAGAGCCAAAAGGGGACCUCGGGUGGGAAGGGAAAAAAAAGGGAAAGGGGAAGAAAUCCCCGGAACAAAAACAGGGAACGUCUUCAAAUUUUGUGCCACUCGUUCCUCAUUCGCUCCCUAGGAAAGGUCGAGUCAGGUCAAGACAUUUUCCUAAGACAGCCAGCGAUGACGAACCCGAAACCAUGUUGGUCAACGCUUAUCCACUGGUCUUGGCGCGCGUGGUUCGGCGACCUUCUCCUGGUCCAAGCUUACCCAUCCCGCUGGCUCAGACAUUUCGAGCAGCGACUCAACCCUCCGUAAUCCUGUCAUUUGCCGUGUUUGCUGUCCCUACGUACCUGGUCGCCAUGGCUUUCCUUUUCCCGGGUCCGAUAUCUUCCCUCCCACCCCGUAUCUCUGGUCAUCAUACGAGUACCUUAUCCUCUGUGACCCGCUGAUGCUCAUUCGACCGAGUUGAGACCUCCCCGAGUCGCCUUGAACGGAAGAGAGACAGGACUGCUGCACUGUCCGGUUUUAUCCUAUAUGAUACCCUUCCUUACCUGACGCUCAACCGCCUUGCCAUCGUCAUCAAUUGUGGUACCGUUUCCAUCACCACCGUUGAUUGGGACCGUCUGUUUCUCCUCGGGCCUCUUUUGUUUUUUCUUUUGCUCCUAUUCUUGUCUUAUUUUCCAUUUUUAUUAAAUUCUGCUCGUAUCUUCGCUGCAUCCAGUUGUCUCGACUCGAUAAUCUUGGUACUAUUUCGUUGGCUUGCAUCUUGGGCACAAGAUCUCGUUCGGGAUCUACGACUUGCUGCACUUUGAUCUUGUCUUCAAUCGAGGUCGCCAUUUGUCGUCUCUGCGGUUUCGGUGGGGGGGGAGAGGUCUGCGAGGUUACGGGGUUCUCGUUCAUUUGCUAGAUACCCUUGUUUCACUUGACCGGCCCGGGGAACUGAAGUCUCUGCCCAUCGGCGAAGUUUGGAAUCGACCGCCAUCCACGGCGUCGGGGCCAUUUUAAUCCUUCGUCGGCGUCCUCGGGUCCCUCCCACCCCCCCGCCUUAAAAUCGUACACGACAACCGCCUUAACACUUUCUACCCUACCUACCACCUUACCACCUUACCACACUACCCCCCCACCGUUCUUCUCUACCCCUCCCUAGGCUAUAUUUGGUCACGAACCUUCUCUUCUCUUCUCUUCUAUAUAUAUAUAUAUAUCUUGUUGGAUUUCGGUUUUUAAUUUUUAAUUUUCAUCAUUCUCAUCAGCGUUGUUUUUACCCCUUUAAUCCUGUAGACCUUUGUUCCUGUUGUCACAGAUCAUCACUCACGAUACCCUUGCACUCUUCUCUUUUUCUCUAAAUUGUCCAAAUGGCGAAAACAAUGAUGGGUUGGUCGCUCCAUAAUUCUAACACAUGGUCGAAACCAUUAGCACCUCCACCGCCUCCAGCAGCAGGGGCUACAUGCUCAGCGUAUUCGAAGAGUGCCUCGCCUCAGGUGCACGCUUCUUCAUCCCCUGUUAGCCAGAAGUCGAGUGGCUCCGGAAACAACCCGUUGGAUACCAUUCGGGCACACUACCACGGCAGCACGGUAUUCCGCUCCCCACAGGAAUCCCAGACUAUAAUUCCGUUGACGGCGAACUUGAUGCAAUUGUAUUAUGCGUACUUUCACUCUGCGCAUCCACUAUGUCUCCCCCCUCAGUAUCUUGCCAAAACCCCGCCUCAGCACUUGACUAUCGUGUUGCCGGUGAUGCGCUUCAUUGCCUCGUUCUUUGCUACGACGGCUCCUACAGAGGCUUUCCGUGCGGAGGCUGAGGCGGCGUUAUUCUCGCCCACCUCUCCACCGCCGAAGAAUGGGUUCACUGUGCAAGCACUCACAUUGUUCGCCAUCGGUCUUCACAGUGAUAAUGACCAAGAGAGGUGUGCUGAGGUUAAGGACAAGGCUAUCGAGAUGGCCCUCGAUCUCAGAAUGAACCUGAGAGACUUCUCGGAGAGUUCCACGGAUAACACUGAGGGCGGGAAGGUGCUCGCCGAGUGCUGGAGGAGAACGUGGUGGGAGUUGUACUUUCUCGAUGGGCUCCUCGCUGGAUUCCAUCAGAAGGAUCACUUCAAGCUCUGGAGUGUGCCCUGCACGGUUCCUUUACCGUGUGAGGAGCCCGACUAUGGUCGCGGAGUAUGUGUUCCUCUGUUUAUGUUGAUAUCAAAAUAAGGGACUAACGAACUGCAGAUUAUCCCGGAGCCACACUCCCUCAAUCAAUUCGACGACCGCUACUUUGCCGCUGAGCAGACUGUCUUCAGCUCUUUUGCUUACCGCAUCGAUGCUGUCCGCAUCCUUGGCCAAGUCCUCGCCGUGGGACAAGACAGCAAUCCUGAAAACCAGAUGGCCGACGCAGCCGAUGCGUCGCUCGUAAACUGGGGUCUCCACCUCCCGGAUUGCAAGAAGGAGCUCGUCGGGAAGGACCGUCGCAUAGACGAGAUGCUCUUCCAGGCACACAUGGUGAUCAACGCAUCGACGAUCUACCUCCACAGACCAAAGUCCUCCUUGGCCUCCUCCGUCGUGCCGGACAACACCAGUUGCACACCGGAGACCAAGUACUCCACGGCGACGAAGCCCAUCGCCCUGCACACGGCGAAGGCCCUGCAGGCCGCCAACACCAUCUCGAAGCUCAUCACCCUUCCGUGUCCGCUCAUCAAGCACACCCCCUUCUUCACCUGCGUUAUUACCCUCGCUGCCAUCGUGCAUUUAUCCGCUUGCUCCUGGCUCCUCCACGGCGACGAGGGCUUCCUCGCAAAAGAGCGCAUCCGCCUCGGCGUCGGUGCCUUGAAGACACUAGAGGAAGUGUGGAACGUUGCUGGAUGUGUGCUCAUGCAAGUCAAAGGCGUUGCCAGGGAGGUCUUUUCCCUCCAGGUACCUGAGGGCGAACGGUUUACAGGGAUCAUCACCGAGGAGGAAGUCAACAGGUAUAUCGAAGAGGAGAGAACGCUGGAGAUUAUCGGCGGGGACGCGGACUACCACGGCUUGCCGUCGUUGGAUUGGAACGGGGAGUUGUAGUUUCCCACCUUGCGAGGGAAACGGGUUUGUCUGGCUUUUGUUGGAAAUGGUUUGGGCGUUCUAUAUUUUUUAUGUAUAUUCAUUCAUGUAUUGUGAUUGUCGUGCUUUUUUAUUUUAUGUUUUAUCCCAUUACUUUGACCUUUUUCACCCGUCUAUUCUGUUUAGUUUGGACGAGAUGGGAGUAUAAGUUUUCCCUUUCACAGCCGGCCCAGCCUAGUCCUGUUUAGUUUUAACAGCGUGUAGUUACAUUUGCUCUAAUCGCUGAGUUUUGAUGUGGAAUUUGAAGGAUUUUUUUUAAUUUUUUUUACAAUCUAUUUUACCCAUGCCUAUCGUGAUAUAUUGGUUGUGUUACCGCGUCGGGGUUCGCGAAUUGUGAAUGAGUUCAAGGCUUAUGAGCAGUAAUCGCCGUGAUGCACACUCACGGCCCCAGAAGCCGAAUGCGGAGGUCGCUAAGAAUCACCCGUUCGAGGGGAUGUAAAUGGGGGGUCGGUGCAUUGGGUGUCACUCGUGAUGAGUUCGGGUGGUGGGGGUGGUAUUAUCCGUUCUUUAGGGCGUAUUACAGGACAACCACUGUAUCGUAUCAAUGACGAAAGUGAGCCAGCUGAUAAAUCCGUGUUUUAUAAAUAUCCGAAGGUGAAAGCCCACCAGCCGCAUACCGUACGUGGCA